GCCUGUCAUCAGUGUCGUCCUUCUGCUGGUGGUAAACAUUAAACAACAAUACAGUACUGUGUUUGUGUUAGGCCUACUUACAAAACUUGUUUAUCGCCUAUAAAAAUAAUACUGUUUUUGUUGGAAAGUUAUUCUUUCAUCGAGCCCAGGAAUGUCACAACUUGAAGAUCCUUCAAAUGAUAAAGUUGCCAGUGAUGAGGCAGAGUCUAGUAAAUUUGCCUUUAUAAAUGUGGAAGAGAGUAUCAAAAAGGAAACUGUUGAAGAGCAUAUAGAAGAUGUUUAUAAUGAAGAAGAAAAACAGGAUGUUAUCUGUGAAUCUUCGCAGGAUAGUUUAAUAAAUCCCCUUAUAGAGAUUGAUGAGAAUUCAUCUACGUUUGGUUCUGAAGUAGUAGACGAAGCAUUCUCUACUGAAGAGGUUUCACAACACACUGACCCAAAUGCAACAAAACAAGCGUUUUUGUGUGACAAGUGCUCCAUAUCAUUUGUCUCGCCCAACUUCUUAGAAGCACACAAGAAAAGAUGUCGUGCUCGAAUGGAGGAAACCGCAAACGAGCAGUCAACAGUGGAUGAAACCAUCGACUCAAACAAAACCACCACCAGAUGCAAAAAGAAGUCUCGAAUCCCUGCUGGAGAGCUGAAAUACAAGUGCGAAACUUGUGAAAAAGGUUUUGUUCGGUUGAAAAAUCUUGAGGCACACAUGGCAACGCAUAGUGUUGAGUUUAAGUGCGAAAAAUGUCCGUAUACAACAGAACAUCGGAGAAACCUUAUGCGCCACGUUGUAGUGCAUUUUGGGGAGGAUGAGAAAAAAUACUCUUGUCCGUAUUGUAGUUACACGGCUGGAAAAAGCAGUUACUUGAGGAUACACGUGGCAAGACAUUUAGAUGAGAAACCACACAAGUGCACCGUGUGUUCAUACGGAACAGCUGUGCUGGACACACUCAAUAAACAUAUGGCUACACACACGGGCCAGAGAGAGUUUGCGUGUUCGCAUUGCUACUAUUCCGCCGCAAAGAAGUCACAGUUAGCCAAACAUUUGCAGAAGUUUCACUCAGAAGAAGGGAAUAACACUUGAGUAGAAAGUGUUCAAUGUGGAACAUUUGACAGAAAAUUAUUUGCUUAGCAAUUAAUUGAGAGUACUUUGUUAUGUUGUGGAAUGAAGAAAGUUGAAGUGCGAGCUUAACUUUUUGAAGGAGCAAUUUUUAAGCAUUUCACAACAUGUGAAGGUCAUAAUCCUGAAACUAUAGACAUAUCGAUAGUUUCCAUAAGUUUAAAUUUACCGUCCCUUUAGUGAGUUAUUCCUGUUAUGUUAGUUUUUUUUUUACAAAAAGUUGUUUACCCUCAUCACUUCUGGGAGAAGCUUGAUUAUUUCCAAAAUGUUUGAAGAGAUAAAGUCACAACCCCAUAAAACCAUAUACUUAAAAUGUUUGUCAUGACGAGAAACCUUGUACAAAACUAUCCAUUAUUUCAUAAAUUGCCCUUUAAGGUCGUAAUUAAAAAAUUUAAGGUAAUUUAAGGGUUAUUAAAUCUAAAGGGAACUUUCCAUAUACAUUAUGUUAAAAAUACCUCAGCUGUACUUAUGUGUUUGUUAUUCUUUCAAUUUAUUACCUUAUUAAAACCAGGUGGGGUUAUUUGUUUGUAUUAACUGUAUUCUGUUUUGUUUAUUUCAGCUUAACAGUUGCAUCGAAUUUAAUGAGCAUUUCCCUCUGAACAGGUUGUGUAUGCACUCAUCUUGUAAUAUCGUGUUAUUGUUACCAUUGUUAUAUUGUUUGACAUGGGAAUGGAACUGGGCAACUGGGCGUAUUUUAACCUUAAUAUGAAUAAAGGAUGAAUGAAGAAUGUAGUGAGAUGCAUUGUCUCUGAGUUUCUUUAACUAUAGGACCAUUUAUUAAACACCCAAAGAUUAGGUUUGUUCAAGGAAUGGCUUUAAGCCAGGAUAGUUGUAGAAAUGCGAGAUAGCAGCGAGGUUACAGGUAGGACAUAAAGCACACAGAUGACUCAUAAAACACAAUAUUUUGUUCCCUAUGGACUUAUUCAACAAUCAAAAAUCGUCAUUUGUGGACUCAAUACAGUAUUGUGUGUUUUGUGUCUUCUAUAGCCG